AUGAGCGACAUAUUAACUUUUGACGAGACUGAACAACGAAACGCCUGCGAUGUUUUCCUGCCAAGCGCUACCCUAACAUCGUGGAGUGUUUGGGACGACGAAGAAGCACCCAUCCUCGACCGCACUGCCUUCUUUUUCUUCGUCCUUUCCUGCUUCGAUGUCACUCUUACUGAUCUCGCACUCCACUUCAAUAUCUUGCAGGAAUGCACUCUGCGGGAUCGUUGCAGCCGAUCAACAGUUAAUCAACGGUCCACCACGUUGGAUAAACGAGGAAACCGUGUUUUUAAGCCAGCCCUUGCCCGUCAUGUUUUGGUUGCGGACCAGGAGGUUGUUGUGGCACAGGACACUCUUCAUGCUAUAUUUCCGGAAACAGUUCUCUCCAGCAGCUCAUUAUCGCCGUUCUCUAAAUAUACAGCAGAAUGUCAUCAACUCAACAGCCCCCAUUUCUACGACAAUAAUCAUGAAUAUCCAUCUAACUAUACAUCGCCAUACAGUUCAUCUCAGCCAGUUGCAAAAUCUUCAUCACCGUUUGGAUAUCCCACUAGCUACGCUACCAGUAUCGCUGACAGUAGUGACCUCGACUUUGAUUACUCUCACCUUAUCUCUUCAAAGAACAUCGAUGACUUUGGAGAUGACAUCACUUAUGGCCAGUCAGAUAACAGCUCUUCCGCAUCUCCAUCAGGAGUUUCUCCUCAUAUACCUACGGAGCCUGAUUUUUCAUUCAUUGACAACAUCUACGAAAGCGUUGUCUCCAGUCCCACCAAACAAACUCGUGAGGCUUCUGGCACCCCUCCCGUUAUCACUUUGGGCAUUGACUCCCCAGUGACAAUAGUCGCUGUAGAUGGAAAGGAAUAUAAAGUGGUUUUGCAAGAAGUCAAAGAAGAGCCUAAAAUUGGAGCGAAGAGAAAGGCUUCCACUGCGGCGAGUGCUCCGAAGCCUAAGCGAGCACCUGGGAUUCCACUUGCAAAUUUGUCGAUUGAAGAAAUUAACGCUCGAAAAAGAGAGCAGAACAGAGCAGCCGCACAACGAUAUCGCGAGAAGAGAAGGAAUUAUAAAGAGUCGGAGAAAGAAGAGGAAGAACGACUCGAAAAGCGCAACUCUUUCCUACGUACUGAGGCCAAGCGCCUUCAGGAGGAAAUAGAUGAGCUCAGGAAGACCAUUCUCGGCGGUGUUAAAAUGCGGUAG